UUUCUGAUUCUAGACAGCUUCCAGGAUGUAGACAGCAUCUCAUGUGUGACAAGUCAUCAGUGUUGUGCCCCAUGUCCUGUUCCUGGCACACCUCUUAGACCUGAACUGUCCCUGGGAUCCUGGGAAAUUGACAGCAUGUUGCUCUCAAUGUGACUUCAGGAUUUUCAGGCCCCCUUAUCUUGGGUAAAUGUGCUAAGGCCAAACAAGUGUCUGGCUGGCUCCACCUGCUGGACCCUGAUGAUGUGAACGGUACAGUGAAGCUUGACCCGACUCAGAAGGAAGAAACAUGUUGAAAACUGAAGCACUCCAUGUGUGUCACAGGGACAGUGAGAAAAGAGACAGGAACAUCCAUCCCCGGAAGGCUGAAGUGUAAAGACUAAUGGUUUGUUUGGAGUUACAUUAAUUACAGCUUUUCUAGUUGUUUUAGGACACGGAGAACAACCCAAACCAAUUAAAUUUACAAGGACACACAAAUCUAUAUAAUGUUGGCUUUUACUUUGGCAUGUGCUGGUGUACAGGAAAUGAGACUUUGAAGAUUGUAUUUAUCAGACUGAGAUAAAUUAAGUUAAUGAAUUAUACAUAAAACUCUACAUGGUUUCCCAGAUAGAGAAACAAAAGGGUUGCUUUUGAAGUAGCAGACCGUGAAGGAUAAUUUCAGACUUCUAGAACAUGUGUUAUUCACGCAUUCCAGGCAACAACUCAGUGGCUGAUGACUAAGGCACACCUGCUGGACUUUGAGGACUUCCUUCAACUGUCUUAUCACCCUUAUUAAAGUUCUUCUGCUCCUUAAAUUCAUCUCUUUUUCACAGAAAGAUAGAAAAAAUAUUACUUAUAAUGCAGGUUCUUAUUAGGCACUCUGUGUUACACAGAUUACUUUCUUUAAGUAGUCACAUACCUACAGUUAAGAAUGUGAUUUUCUGGCUAAGGUGCUCGAUACAUUUAAGAAAGUUCAUGUUUUUAACAAAGUCAUUGUGAGACAUCUUUUUAGGGGAAAAGAAACAAAGAAGGGAAGUGUGUUUCAUGGGAAUGGUGGUACUUCCCACUGAAAAGGGCUUUUGCUGUUGUUGUGACACAGCUGUCUCUAUAUCUGAGAGUGCUUCAGUGUUCUAAAACCAGACAGGACAAAUUGAGAAGCCAUGGAAACAGUGACUAAGAUGAGAAAAUAUUUGCUUUCCUCGCUCUCUGUUCUGCCAUGGUUGCACAAAUUCCUGGAAUAACUGGAAAGAAACUCCUAGAAAAUUUCAUUGUGAUUCCAAGAUUCUCCACAACUGAAGUAUAUUCUUUAAUGAAACCAUAGGGAAUACAGAUAUCAAGAAAAUGUGUGAAGAUUAACCUCAGUACAUAGAAUUGCUGCACUGUCUAGCAGUCAUAACUUCUAAGAGUUUAGUGCUGUGGACUAACUGAAGGUAGUUAAUUGCACAUUGUAGGGUUUACUGUAGGGAUGUCUCAUGAUCUUUUAAUUUUAUGGAAGAUGUAGUAACACCAGAUUUCUCCAGUUAAAGAGAAGUGUUUAUUUGCCUGCAGUCUGUGAUGCAAUUAUGUCUAGCUGCAAUAUAUUUCCAUUUGUAAUCAAAUAUUACAAAAGCACCAGAGAGGGACUAAGAUCUCAUUACAUAUAAAUAACCAUCUGUUAGAACCGUAAACCAGGAAGUGGAAUUAGAAACCUAUCAGUCUAUUACAAAGAGAUGAGGGGUAGAAAUUGGAGAACUGUGAAGGCUUGGACCAACUGGCAGCAUUAUGAUACCCAAACAGGUUGCUAGGUGCAGAAAUGUGAAGCACUGUAUACAAUCAGUUCAAGAAAUUGUUCUGUGGGUGUUUGAAGUUAUAGUGAAGUUUGACAUGGAAUGAAAAACUUUAUACAUACCUGCUCUCCAGAACUAGAUUCCUGGGGAACUCAUGUCAUGUUGUAGUUUUAUGACUUUGAGAAAGUGAUUUGUUGUUCAACCAGGUGAGAAACUGUUUUGAGAGAUGCUAAGCACACGCCAAAGGGAAUAGGCAGACAGACAGACAACUGCAACUCCCAAAAGGAAAAGGCAAAGCUCAGCUGGAAGACCUAGCCAUUACAGACUGCCAGGAUGUGUCAAGUGAUUCCUCGGAGCACUCCCAAGGUUACAACAACAUUGUUUUGAAGAUAUGUAGUUUACAGAAAAAGACAUCAGCUUUUCUUCACCCAGCAGAUACCAGUCCCUGGCAACCUUCAGUGUAUUUAUUCUCAUGGGUCAGAAGGCUUGGAUAGAGAAGACCUUUUCAAAAAGAGAAUGCAUUUAUGUAAUUGCCAACAACAAAGACAUUAGCAGGUGCUGCUGUGGCCAGCUCAUUAACCAGCAUAUUCCACCUCCUCCAAGUACAACAGCUAAUAAAAAUGGAGAAGAAACAAAGCAAGUGGAAGCUCAGCCAGAGAAGUGGUCUGUCAGCAAACACACCCAAACAUACCCAACUGAUGCCUAUGGAAACCUUGAAUUCCAAGGAGGAGGACAUUCAAAUAAGGCCAUGUAUAUCCGUGUGUCAUAUGACACCAAACCAGAUUCUCUGCUGCAUCUCAUGGUGAAAGACUGGCAACUAGAAUUGCCCAAACUCUUAAUCUCUGUCCAUGGAGGCCUCCAGAACUUUGAAAUGCAGCCAAAACUGAAACAAGUAUUUGGAAAAGGUCUGAUAAAGGCUGCCAUGACCACCGGAGCCUGGAUUUUCACUGGAGGUGUUAGUACAGGUGUCAUUCGUCACGUGGGAGAUGCCUUGAAAGACCAUUCUUCAAAAUCCAGAGGACGAAUCUGUGCCAUAGGAAUUGCACCAUGGGGCAUUGUAGAAAACAAGGAAGAUCUGAUAGGAAAAGAUGUAACACGUGUUUACCAAACAAUGUCAAACCCUCUAAGCAAGCUUUCUGUGCUCAACAGUUCCCAUACCCACUUCAUUCUGGCAGACAAUGGUACUCUAGGUAAAUAUGGAGCUGAAGUAAAGUUACGGCGUCAGUUGGAAAAACACAUUUCUCUCCAGAAAAUUAAUACACGGCUGGGACAAGGGGUUCCAGUGGUAGCCCUCAUUGUGGAAGGAGGUCCCAAUGUUAUCUCUAUUGUUUUGGAGUGCCUACGAGAAGAACCUCCUCUCCCUGUAGUGAUUUGUGAUGGUAGUGGACGAGCAUCUGAUAUUCUGUCAUUUGCACACAAGUAUUCAGAAGAAGGAGGGAUAAUAAGUGAAUCUCUCAGGGACCAGCUUCUAGUAACCAUCCAGAAAACCUUCAAUUACAGCAGGAAUCAAGCUCAUCAGCUGUUUGUCAUUCUGAUGGAAUGCAUGAAGAAAAAGGAACUUAUCACUGUGUUCCGUAUGGGGUCUGAAGGGCAACAGGACAUUGAGAUGUCUAUCUUAACUGCUCUCCUCAAAGGUACCAAUGCAUCUGCUCCAGACCAGCUCAGCUUGGCUUUGGCCUGGAAUCGUGUAGACAUUGCACGCAGCCAAAUCUUUGUUUUUGGACACCACUGGCCACCUUUAGGAAGCCUCACAGCUAGUGAUGGCACAGCCCCUGAGAAGGAAAAGAAAUCUCCAGCAGUUCAGACUAAAGCAGCCAGAGGGAAAGGAAAAGGGAAGAAAAAGGGAGGAAAAGUAAAGGAAGAGCCAGAAGAAGAAACAGAUCCAAGGAAGCUUGAACUCCUGAACUGGGUGAAUUCGCUGGAGCAGGCUAUGCUGGAUGCACUAGUUCUAGAUCGAGUGGACUUUGUGAAACUACUCAUUGAGAAUGGAGUUAACAUGCAACAUUUCCUCACUAUUCCUCGACUGGAAGAACUUUAUAAUACUAGAUUGGGUCCUCCAAAUACACUGCAUUUGCUAGUUAGAGAUGUGAAAAAGGGAAAUCUUCCACCAGAUUAUCAUAUCAGCCUGAUAGAUAUCGGUCUUGUACUUGAAUAUCUCAUGGGUGGAGCUUAUCGCUGCAACUAUACUAGAAAAAGUUUUCGGACUCUUUAUAAUAAUUUAUUUGGACCAAAGAGGCCAAAAGCACUUAAACUACUAGGGAUGGAGGAUGAUGAACCUCCUACGAAAGGAAAGAAGAAGAAGAAAAAAAAGGAGGAAGAGAUUGAUAUUGAUGUGGAUGACCCAGAAGUGAGCCGCUUUCAGUAUCCAUUUCAUGAACUGAUGUUAUGGGCUGUGCUGAUGAAAAGGCAAAAGAUGGCACUCUUCCUUUGGCAACGAGGGGAGGAAACUAUGGCCAAAGCACUUGUUGCUUGUAAGCUGUACAAAUCUAUGGCACAUGAGUCUUCUGAAAGUGAACUGGUGGAUGACAUCUCUCAGGAUCUGGACAACAACUCAAAAGAUUUUGGACAGCUGGCUGUUGAACUGUUGGAUCAGUCCUACAAACAUGAUGAGCAGAUUGCCAUGAAACUACUGACCUAUGAACUGAAAAACUGGAGUAAUUCUACCUGCCUGAAGCUGGCUGUGGCAGCUAAACACAGGGAUUUCAUCGCUCACACGUGCAGUCAGAUGCUCUUAACAGAUAUGUGGAUGGGGCGACUACGUAUGCGGAAAAACCCAGGCCUUAAGGUUAUAAUGGGGAUUCUUUUUCCUCCAACCAUCCUUUUCCUAGAAUUUCGCAGUUAUGAUGAUUAUUCUUACCAGACGUCACGAGACAAUGAAGAAGGCAAAGAAAAGGAGGAAGAAAAUGCGGAUGCAAACGUGGAUACAGGUUCCCGGAAAGGGGAUGAAGAGAAUGGAAAUAAAAAACAAAACAGCCUUCCAAUUGGAACAAAGAUCUAUGAAUUCUAUAAUGCUCCUAUUGUCAAAUUUUGGUUCUACACAAUAUCAUACCUGGGUUACUUGAUGCUAUUUAACUAUAUCAUCUUGGUGCGGAUGGAACGGUGGCCAUCUGUCCAGGAAUGGAUUGUCAUAUCCUACAUUGUGACACUGGCUUUGGAGAAAGUAAGAGAGAUUCUCAUGUCAGAGCCUGGAAAGCUGAGUCAGAAAGUAAAAGUUUGGCUCCAGGAAUACUGGAAUAUUACUGACCUGGUGGCUAUUUCAGUAUUUAUGAUAGGAGCAAUUCUUCGCCUACAGAACCAGCCUUACAUGGGUUAUGGAAGAGUAAUUUACUGCGUGGAUAUAAUUUUCUGGUACAUUAGAGUACUAGAUAUCUUUGGUGUGAACAAGUACCUGGGACCUUACGUCAUGAUGAUUGGAAAGAUGAUGAUUGACAUGCUCUACUUUGUGGUCAUCAUGCUAGUGGUUCUGAUGAGUUUUGGAGUCGCACGCCAAGCAAUCCUGCACCCAGAUGAGGAGCCUUCUUGGAGACUAGCUCGCAACAUCUUCUAUAUGCCCUACUGGAUGAUCUAUGGAGAGGUGUUCGCAGACCAGAUAGACCGUAAGAGUAGAAUUCAUACUCCUUGUGGGGACAAUCUUUACGAUGAGGAUGGUAAACGUCUCCCUCCAUGCAUACCAGGGGCCUGGCUCACUCCUGCUAUUAUGGCUUGUUACCUCUUGGUAGCAAAUAUUCUGCUGGUAAACCUGCUGAUUGCAGUCUUCAACAAUACCUUCUUUGAAGUAAAAUCAAUAUCCAACCAAGUCUGGAAGUUCCAGCGGUACCAGCUGAUCAUGACAUUCCAUGACAGACCUGUCCUCCCACCACCCAUGAUUAUCUUCAGCCACCUCUACAUAAUCAUCAAGCGAAUCUGCUGUCGCUGCAAGAAGCGUGAAGGAGACCAGGAUGAGCGUGACAGGGGGCUAAAGUUAUUUCUAAAUGAUGAAGAGCUAAAAAAGCUGUACGAGUUUGAAGAGCAGUGCGUAGAAGAAUACUUCCAGGAGAAAGAGGAUGAGCAGCAAUCGUCUAAUGAUGAACGCAUCAGAGUUACCUCUGAAAGAGUUGAGAAUAUGUCAAUGAGGCUAGAAGAAGUGAAUGAAAGAGAACAUUUUAUGAAAGCUUCUCUUCAAACAGUUGACCUUCGACUUUCUCAGUUAGAAGAGCUGUCUGGUCGGAUGGUGAAUGCUCUUGAGAAGAUGGCAGGUGUUGACAAAUCUGAGCUAACGUAUACACGUUCACGGGCUUCAUCUGAAUGUGAUGCUGCAUAUCUCCUAAGGCAAAGUAGUGUCAACAGCUCGGAUGGCUACAGCAUGUACAGAUACCAUGUUGGUGGUGAUGAGUUAGCAUUUGAUGACGGCACCACUCCAAUGUCACCAGCCAUAGGAUCACGUAAAAAAGUCCAUUCUGUUGGUACAAAAGAAGAUGGAGCAGACCCAAAGAUGCUGGUUCCAGAGCACCAUACCAGUCUCCAUUAUACUUCUAAUGCUAAUGCAGUGACCCCAGCAGAUUACAGUACAUCUGCAUUAGACGUUGCACAGAAUAUUUCCAGUCCCCAUUCUGGCUCAGGUGCUUUGGGGGAUGAAAACCAAGGGAUUUUGAAGAAGGAUGAAAUAGCUCCUCAAAGUUUAAACCGGAUGGAUGUUAUUAUGAACAGACAAUCAGUACCAAGAUCAGAUCUUCAGAAUACUCAGCUGAAAGUAGAACGGACCAAGCUAGAGGCAACCAUCUCUUAUCCCUUGGACAAAUCUAAAGCAAUGCGCUAUUUUCCUCCUGAAACAUUCAGUGCUUGUCAAACUACUAUGAUGAAGUCCAGGAGCUUUAUAUUUGCACAGGGUGGAAAGCUGGUUGGAGGGGUAAACAACUGGACAACAGAAUAUAGUACCAUCAUGGAUCAGGUGUGCCCUUCUACAAUUGAGCAGUGGGCCACAGAGUGGAAAUAUGAAGUUGAACAGCAACUUUCUCAAGAACGUCCUCCAGAAUACCCAGGUAUUAUCUCUGAAGCAGAAAAGCAAGCAGAACAGAAACAGUUACACAUGGACACAGAUGAUGACAGUGAUGUUGGUGAAGCAGGUCUUAGUGCCUCUUACGCCUCUAUGCCUGCCACUGUCAAAACUCAGACAGAGAACUUGUUAUCAGUAAAGCCAGAAAGGACUUCUGGGUUCCGGUCAGUACGAUCAAAGAGUUUGCACAGCCAUUCUCGGAAAGCCAAGACUAUAAAGGACAAAUUAAACAGACCAGGACAUGCCAGUAGCGUAACUAACUUAGUAGUGGCAUUUGGCAGUGCAACAGAAGAACAGAAAGCUAGACAGGAAAACGCGUCCACAGAAACUGAGUGUUGAAAUGACUUACAGCCCCUGAUUUAUUGACAGUCAAAAAAGUAGUGCAGCUAAUUGAAAAAAAGAUGGAAUUUUUAAUGAGUUUAUACAGAAUGAUGUUGCAUACAUUUGUUUCUCUUCAUUUUUGACUUAUCAGGUGCGUGUUCUCAAAUACAUUCUUGCUGGGUCAAGUGAAAGAGAGAUCUUCUCUCUAGGGCAGAUAUAAUAGCAGGCUGGUCUGCAGAUGGUAACAGCGUUAAUCUUUGUUCCAUUUCCACUUCUCUUGUAAACUCAUUUACUGAUAGAGUCUUUAUAAAAGCUCUUGAAAGGACAAGACAAUCAUUUAAUAAUUUAGGAAAUAUUUUUUCUUCUUUAUCAGAAGACUUCUUAAACUGCACCAAUUUUUAACCAGCCAUUGUUUUUAUCCUCACAGAGCUGGUUUCUUUGUGGCCAUUAUGUUUUCAAAUCAAAACAAAAUUGUUGAAUGCAUGGAAGAAUUAUGUAGUCCUAUUUCACUUGUUUCAUGCAUGCUUCUUAGGCAGUACUUCCAGCAAGGAAGAACACAGCAGCUUCUACCCAAUAGAAUACUGUAAGUGGAAAAAUACAAUUAUGUUUGGAAAAACCUGACCUGGAAUACUGUGCAUACAGGUAUUCUUGACCUGUCCUUGAACUUGGCUGACAUAGACUGCUUUCAGGAUCGUAUCUGUCUCUGCCCCAAAGCAUUCUGGCAGCCUUAAACUUUUGAAAAACAGUCAUCGUAGUUUCAAAAUGUUUAGAGAGAUUUUCAGUAUUUAAAGUAUAGGUUGAUUUCAAUAACACAAAUCCAAGAUCUGCAUUAGUGUUUUAUAUAAGCAGGGUAACGAUAGAAUCCCGUGGAUAGAAGGAAACUGUUUUGCCUACAAGAGAAAAAAACAAAUGGGAAAGGUAUUCUGAUCAGGUGAGAUCAGAUCACAGCCAAUCUGCAUUUGAAGUAAAUCUACUGUGACAAAUUGAUCUUCAGUUUUGCAAUUUCAUUAUGACAAUGCACAAGGAACAAGAGCUUCUGUGAGUCAGUUUCAACAAAAAAUACAUUCUACGGAUGAGAAGAGGAAUUCCAUGUAUUUCCUUGAGUCCAAAUCAAAAAGAAAUUUUGAUUAAAAAAAGCCCUCUCUACAGAGCAAGUAUAUUCUAUCACUCAGCAUCUAAGACUGGAAAUCCACACCUCUAGUUACAGUUAGCCAGAGCACUUGUCUCAAUGGUAGCAUUCCAUGUGCUGAGUUUUGAUAAUUUCCUUCCUAAUAGUAUGAUUUUUCAUUUGCCUCAUUCUUCUCUGCUAUAUUUUAGGAGUUUUGUUUUCCUAAAUAUUCAGCCCCUCUCUCUGCAGGAAACACAUAGAAAAGAAAGAAAAGAGGUUUCAACUGUGUUAAUUGUUCACAGAGUACCAGUCACAAGUUUACACUUAAUAACAGUUAGUACUCAUUCAUUAACUAUUUUUAAAAGACAGAGUUUCUUUUCUUCUCCCCCCCACAUCAGCUCCUCAUUACGAGCACUGCAGUACUAAUGCUGCAUACAGCAUACCAAAAUACAGAGAUUGAUGUGAGACUUUAAAAUGUACUGAUGGCACCAGAUUUUCAUUAUUUGUAUAAUAUUUUCUUACUCCACUUAUAACUACAUUUUGAAGCAUUGCUACCAUGCUGCUUGAUCACGGUGACCUCAUAGACGUUUCCAAAAGUUCAGUCAUGGUUACCAGACAUUUCUGCCAGCUUGGUCUUAUGAGCAUGUUUACUGGUUUCACUGUUACCAGAACAGUGUUGACAUUUGUUUUUCAUGAGGGCUUCUUUUUUUUUAUUCAAGUUUAGGGAACGUGACAUUUUAUAUAAACAGAAUGACAUUUGAAAUUGUUUCACUUCCAUGUUUACUUUUGUGUUACCUUUCUAUGCAACUACACAGCUAUUUUAUAUGCAUGGUUAAUAUAUCCUCCAAUUUGUCAAUGCCUUUUUAUUGUUUGCCUGCAUGCUCACCAGGAACUAAUUCAUCAACAAACACAAAGGGAUGCAGCUAUUCAGCACUUUGCUAAACAAGCAGAAUGCAUUGUGGACUGCAGUACAGUGUGUUGCAUGCCUCCUGUUACAUUGUGUUUAUAAAAUCCGCAUUAAAUCAUGCUUUGUUUGACCAGACAUUUAGUAACUUUGUAAUGCAAAUGAUAAAAACUGGCAUGUAGUUUUCAAACA